AUGUACACAAAUGAACACGUUAGAAAGUUCUUACUCCCAGAGGAAAUCUAUUAUUUCCCUCAGUUUCUUCCAUGCAGCGCUUCUGUUUCUUCAUCAUCAUCAUCUUCUUCUUCUUCUUCCCUUUUCUCAAAUUCUGGUGUAAGCUUGAGUUUGACAGAGUGGAUGGCUCCCAGGGAGCUAUGGCAUUCAAUGAGUGAUGAUGAGCUGAUGUGGCGUGCCUCCAAGGUGCCACAUGUUGUGGAGUAUCCGUACAAUGGGGUUCCAAAGGUGGCUUUCUUAUUCUUGAGCAAAGGAGGAUUGCCAUUGGCACCUCUUUGGGAGAAGUUCUUUAAGGGAUAUCAGGGCCUAUACUCAGUCUACCUACAUACAUCGCCAGAAUUCAAUCAAGAAGCACCACCAUCCUCUGUGUUUUACAAGCGCAGAAUACCUAGCAAGCCUGCAGAAUGGGGAAGAUCAACCAUGAUUGAUGCAGAGAGACGCCUUUUGGCCAAUGCUUUACUAGACUUCUCCAAUGAAAGAUUUGUUCUGUUAUCCGAAGCCUGCAUUCCUCUAUUCAACUUCACUACAAUCUACAACUACCUCGUCAACUCUACCCAAAGUUUCCAAGGCUCAUUUGAUGACCCCAGCAAAGUUGGCCGAGGACGGUACAACAAGCUAAUGCAUCCAACGGUUUUGCUUUCUGACUGGCGCAAGGGCUCGCAAUGGUUUGAAAUUCAUCGGAAAGUUGCCGUCAAAAUAGUUUCCGAUAGCACAUACUAUCCUGUUUUCAGAGACCAUUGCAAGCCCCCAUGUUACUCGGAUGAGCACUAUUUUGUAACACUAGUGACAAAAAUUUGUCCGGAGUUGAACUCAAACAGGAGCGUUACUUGGGUUGAUUGGUCCAGAGGGGGCUCGCACCCUGCAACAUUUGUGAAAAAUGAAGUUUCAGAAACGUUUCUGAAUCAGAUCAGGCAUGGAUUUAACUGUACUUACAAUGGUUUCUUGACAACUGUGUGCUUCCUUUUUGCCAGAAAGUUUCAUCCGAAUACUCUCCAACCAUUGCUCAGGAUUUCUCCUGUUUUACUUGGAUUUGAUCCUUAA